AUGGCCGCAGCCGAAGACGAGUUACUGUUACCGCUGCUACCUGAACUGUUCGAAACCAGCAAACAGCUUUUGGACGAACUGGAAAUCGCAACAGAGCCCACCGGCUCCCGAAUAAUCCAAGAUAAGGUGUUCAAGGGACUGGAUCUUCUGAAGAAGGCUGCUGAAAUGUUGUCGCAGCUCGACUUGUUCAGCCAAAAUGAAGAUUUGGAGGAGAUCGCGUCCACCGACCUGAAGUACCUGAUGGUGCCAGCAUUUCAAGGAGCGUUUGCCAUGAAACAAGUCAGUCCCAGCAAGCGUCUAGAUCAUUUGCAGUGGGCUCGAGAACACUUUUUAAACUACUUAACUCAGUGCCAGCACUAUCAUGUGGCAGAGUUUGAGCUGCCCAAAACCAAGACCAACUCAACUGAAAAUAACACUGCUAAUUCCUCCAUGGCCUAUCCUAGCAUCGUUGUUAUGGCAUCUCAGAGACAGGCUAAAAUAGAGAGAUACAAGCAGAAGAAGGAGGUGGAGAAUAGGUUGUCUGCACUGAAAUCUGCUGUGGAAAUUGGUCAAGCAGAUGAUGAGCAUGUUCGUGAAUAUUACCUCCUUCACCUUCGAAGGUGGAUUGGUAUCAGCUUAGAAGAGAUUGAGAGCAUUGACCAGGAGAUACAGAUCUUGAGAGAAAAAGACUCCACAAAAGAGGCAUCAACUUCUCAGUCAUCUCGUCAGGACAGGCCUCCAAUGAAACCGUUUGUUCUCACUCGGAACAUGGCCCAAGCCAAAGUAUUUGGAACUGGUUAUCCAAGUCUGGCAUCUAUGACAGUGAAUGACUGGUAUGAACAGCAUCGGAAAUUUGGAGCAUUACCAGAUCAGGGAAUAGCCAAGACAACGUCAGGUAAGGGAAGAUCAUCAUAACUACAAGAUCAACUAGUAAUGGGCAUCUGUGUAAGCAGAAAGAGUUGGCCAUCUGAAAGACCUGAAAACGGGAGAAUUCCAAAACAGCAAACAGUAUUCACUAAAAAGUGUGGCAUUCUGACAGGUGUAAGGUGCUGUUUCAUUGCAUUUGAGGUAGUUUUGAUUCGCAUUUCCCUCGUGAUUAGUGAUGUUGAGCAUCUUUUCAUGUGCCUGUUGGUCAUCUGUGUGUCUUCUUUGGAAAAUGUCUAUUUAGAUCUUCUGCCCAUUUUGUAAUCAGAUUGUUUGUAUUGAGUUGUCUGAGUUCUUAAUAUAUUUUGGAUAUUAACCCCUUAUCAGACAUAUCAUUUGCCAGUAUCUUCUAGUUUUUUGUCUUGCUGAUGGUUCCCUUUGCUGUGCAAAAGCUUUUUAGUUUCAUAUGGUCCCAUUUGUUUAUUUUUGCUUUUGUUGUCCUUGCCUGAGGAGACUGAUCAAAAAAGAAAAUAUUGCUAAGACUGACUGCAA